CACCCUGUGUGCGGUGAGGCGCUGGAGAAAUGAUCCCACUUUCCUAGACACUGUGGAUCUCGUUUAUGUGUUUGUGUGAUGUGGGAGUCACCCCCUGAUGCUUAUUUGUCUUUUUGAAUUUUGUAAUGACGCCUGAACCCCCACCCUGAGCCCCUUUGUGUUCGGAAAGGGAGUAAACGAGGGUUUUCGUUUAAAGAAAGAUGGACGUCAUGGAUGAUCAUGUAGAUGACUGUUUAGAGAUUGACCAAACGUGUGAAGAGACGGAUGGUGGACCCUCUUCUGCAUUUGGUCAAACGCUGGAUCUUAAUAGUGUUGGUGUGGCUCGAGAAGAGCUGGAGGGUUCGAACUCGUCCCACGGUGGCGUAGAGCGAGAAGACUUGUGGUGUCCGAAGGAAAAGACAGAAGACGGUGAAUACACGAGAACCAACGGGAGGACAGGUCAGCCCGAGGACGACGGCAAUAGCGUGUUCGACGAAAUCGACGAUGAGAAAGAUGGUAGAAAUAGCGACGACUGGAAGGAUCUGAAAGGCGAGUCCGGAUCUCGGAGGAAAGGAAAAUCAAGGAAAAGUGGAUCGGGGUCGGCCGAUCAGUUUUGGACCACGCCCACGUCUUUUUCUUACAAAUCCUGCCUGUCGUCAUCCGGCGCACCCAGACACAAGCAGAUCCGCCGAAGGAACCAUCACAAUCAGGGCCGCUUCAGGAGGCAAACGGGUUUCCAGCUCGCCACGGCCGUCCGAGACUUCCUGUCCGACUCGGUCAGCCCGUGGAGUAUUUUCUGCAUCCAUAUGGUGGUGGACCUGAUCGUGUCCCUCACCCACCGCUGCGGCGUCAUCGUAGAAUCCACCGCAAUCGCACUUUAUGACUUCGGUUCGCUCCUGCUCCACAGGAUCACCGACGUUCCCGGAAUGAAGCAGGAUCUCAAACGAGUGACGGACUUCACCCGGAACUCAGGUGCCGCCUUCGUAUUCUGGGCUGGCAGAAGCGUGAGCUCGGUCCGGCGAGCCGUCGUUUCAGGUUUGGGCCUCCUGACCGCCGUGGUGUGCGCGUGCGCCCGGGUCGCCAGGGCCGCUUUGGAAAGGCUGGGCGGAGAAAGAGGUCGAAGGUGGUGGCUCAGCCUGCGGAACUGCCGGGUAGUGAGUGCGGUUUCUGCAUUUUUCGGAGGGAUUCGGAUUCCGUGGUUCUGGAAACGUGGAUCUACAGGUGCCACGGCGACUCCGGAGUCUCCAUCCAGGACGGAAAGGAGUCAGCCAGGUCAAGAGCUGGAGAGACUGUUGGCGCUUGCACAGGUUCCUGAAGACGAGCUGGAUCCGUUCAGCGUGUUGGGUGUGAACACUUUCGCCACGGAGGCGGAGCUGAAGCGGGCCUAUAGACAGCUGGCUGUACAGGUCCAUCCAGAUAAGAACAAGCACCCGCGAGCCGGCGAGGCUUUUAAAGUCCUCAGAGCGGCGUGGGACAUCGUGAGUAACCCAGAGACCAGGCGCGAGUACGAGCUGAAAAGAAUGGCAGCGUCUGAGCUCUCCAAGUCAAUGAACGAGUUCCUGACCAAGCUGCAGGACGACCUGAAGGAGGCCAUGAACACCAUGAUGUGCACCAAGUGUGAGGGCAAGCACAAGAGGUUUGAAAUGGACCGUGAGCCUCACGAGGCUCGGUUCUGCGCCGACUGUAAUAAACGACACGGCGCCGAGGAGGGAGACCUGUGGGCCGAGUCCAGCAUGCUCGGCCUCAAGAUCACCUACUUCGCCUUCAUGGACGGCAAAGUCUACGACAUCACCGAGUGGGCGGGUUGCCAGAGGAUAGGAAUAUCCCCCGACACGCACCGCGUUCCCUAUCACAUUUCCUUCGGUGCCAAGAGUAACAGCGGCUCCACCCGUCAGAGAUCUCCCUCGAGUCCUCCUCCUCCUCCUCCUCCAGGCUCACCCUCAGACCUGCAUGAUUUCUUCAGUCGCAUUUUCCAGGGGGCGCCGGGCGGCGACGCCUCAUCCAACGGCGGCUUUUUCCCUCCGGGAUCUUCCCCGCAUCACCCUGGGAACUCCGGGGCGGGACCUCCUCCUCCUCCUCCUCCUCCUCAGCCGGGCUUUUUCCCACCGCGAGGAGAGCCGGGCGAGGGCUGGAGCGACGGCGGGAAGAACCCCCGCAGGAGGAAGAAAGCCCGGAAGCCCUUCCAGCGCUGAGACACGGCGCGACGUGCUGCACUGGCAUCGGAGAGGAAGAGAAGAGGAACGCGACGGCGCCUGUACUGAGCUCGGAGGAGCGAGUCGGUGUUGGUGCUGCGAACUGCCGGGAACUCGAGAGGAGGCGCUCGUGAAGGAAAAUCUAAGGCGCGUAGCUUCGGUGGGAUGGGUUUUGGGUUUGAUACGAGCCCGUGAUGUUGCAGCUCAUCCAUGCCGCGUAGAAGCUGCCCGCGGUUUACGUUCGUUUGUUUGCUUCUGCUCAUACAGUUCGCCGUUGGCAUGGCUUUCUCCAUGAAGUUGGCAUUUUUUUGUGUAGUGAUUUGGUUUCAAUAAUCUUUAUUACGAUCGAACAUGACAGCUCAGGGAUCAUCAGAUGGGCUUUUACCCGUCAGAAGCAGUUCAUGAUCACCGUAGCGAUCGUCUAGUCAUUUAAUUCUGUUCAUACUUGAAUUAAUUACUUGAUUUUUGUUUGUUGUAUGUAUAAUUUGUCCGUCCACAAAUUAUAUGUACAAGUCGUUCUGCCAGACACGGCCACUAAACCAAGACGUACUUGGUGUUGAAGGUUCACUUCUUCAGUUUUGCACUGAGGCUCUGAGCUUAAUCGUUUUUAAUCCUUGUCACCUAAUUCACGUUUAGCAUUCUGUAUACGUCUGUUAGGCUUGUAGCUUCAGUACAAAACUGAAGAAGAUCCAAACUUGUCUUGAAUAUGAAUAACAAACUACAUCUGGAAAAAAUAUGUAUAACAUUUUAUAUUUCAGUUCACUGCUCCAUAAAAAUCUGGUUUUGGUCCAUAAACGAGUUUGAUUAUCUGUAAGGAAAUUGAUAUAUUUAGUUCUGGUUGAAAUCUAGAAACGUGAGUGAAGAUAAACUGAUGGAUGGUCUUGUUGGAAAUAUUAAAAAUCGAAGCACUUUUUAUGAGAUCAUUUUGAUUUUGGUGGCUCGUGUGAUUCUUAGAGUUCAAGUUCAAGCAAAAUGAUCUUACCGAAUGAAGUCAUAAAACCCGGAACGUCUUUUAGCUUCUCAUCCGUUUCGUUCGAGCUUUCACGUUUCAGAUCUGUUCUGAUCCAGGAAAAUCCUGUCGCAGCAAAGUCUUUAUAAAAGCGGCGCUUCUCAGUCAUACUCUGAUGCUGCAGUUCAUUCUGGGGAAUUGUGUCCAGACGUUUAUGAAGUGCUGAUGAGACUGUUCUUCAGUUCAUGCUGUUUUUUUUGUGCAAGUUCAUCACAUAAACACAGAAUGUAAACGAUGUAGAUUGGUUGGAUUUAACUUAUUGCUGAAAAUCAGACAUGUGCCGAUAAUUGCUUAUCUGACUAUACAGGCGUCGAGGAGAGCGUUUAUAUUAGUUUUACUUCCACAAUAUUCUGUUUUGGUAGUAAGCUGAUCAGUGUGUCUAGACAUCAUGGUUCAUGGUUCAGGACACCUAUUUUUAUUUAAAUCCCCUGUUGAAGUGAUCUUCCAGCUGGUAAAAACUAUUUGUGUUAACUUUAAAGGGUUGUGUGUUUGAAGGAAGCACGUGCUAGCCUCUUCCUCCUAGAUCAGUAAUGACAAGGCAACCAGUAAAUGAAGAAAAGUUAAUGACAUUUGAUUAAAUUAUCUUCAUAUAAUUAUUACACUAUAUUCUGAAAUAUUAUUGUGGACUAGGACUGAGCAGUAGGAUUACACAGUAUAUACACAGUGUAGCUUCUAUACACAGUAAAGAUUUUGCGUUUUUGUUCAUUCCCUGAGCAGAGGAAUUAAUAAAGUGCUGGUAGAGGACAGUAAGAUGCUUAUAAGGAACUCCUGAACACAGUAGUUUAAUAACUAUUAAAAGGCAAAGGAGCUCGGUCAUGCCAAUAUGGUUCUGAUUUUCACAGAUCUGUCCCAGAAUAAAAGAUAUAACAACAUUUUAUAUCACUUUUCUAGCCAAAGUACUCUAUCAUAAAAUCACAUAAACAGCUAUAACGAAUUUGGGCUGUUUCACUCAUCCAUGCUUCAACAUAUAGAAAUACACAGUAUUCCACGACACUAUUUUUAAUAUAUUAUCAGUAUUGUUCUUAUCAGAUCAGGCUAAUAAGAAAAAUAGGAGGCCAAACAGUUUUUGUUUACAUAGAAGCAUUUUAUUAUUGACACAUUUCUGAUUUCAGCGUUGGUUUUAAAUGUCAUCAGACAUUUCAUACAAGAGUUCAGCUUGGUGUUGACGAGAUCUGCAGUUGUAUUUGUUUCUAAAUUAAUCUGCAUAGUAAACGACUAAAGUUUUAGCGGUUCUAGAAUGUUUUGUUUUGUUUUAUCAUCGCUAUUGCACAGAAUGUAAAACAUAAUCUUUUAUUUUACUUUAAUUUAAUUAGUUUGUUCAUUUGUUGAAGCGUGAAUAGACAGCAGCAUGAGGGCUGUAGUUUAUUCCGAGCGCUCGUGAUCAAAGUGUUGUGGAUCUGAACGGCCGUCCCAGUAGAAUAAGUGAAUUUAAACCCAUAUGCAAAAAAGAUUUCUAUGAUUAAAACCUCAGACAAUCAGUAUAAUGGUGCGGGUCACUUUUAGGAAUCGUUGCUUAAAAGGUUUAUUCAUUCAGUUCUCAUAACUGUCAAUUGCUGCUUCUGUUUAUGAUUUAAUAUUAAAAGUCUGUACGUUUAA